AUGGCAACCCUUCCUUCGUCUCAUGGUUCGUUGGAUGGUGAAGGUGCAGAGGUACCAGAACCUGAACGUGACAACCCGUCAUCUCAAGGUGACGACGGUUUUGACAGUGGUGAGUUUCGUGAGUGGAUGCGGCAACGUGCCGAUCGACGUCGUGGAGACCAAGAACGUUCGCGACGAAGUCAACGCCGUGCUGACCGAGAGCACGACAGUGAUGAAGCCCUUAGUUCGGGCGACAAGCGGAGAGGUUCAGGAAAUGGACCACCUCCACCAGAAUGGGACGGAAGCUCGAUGGGUUUUCAAGACUGGCUGAUCAAGGCCAGGCUAUGGCUGGCUACGACACGGUCGAAGCCAAGGACCCAAGGCCCGAUGAUCCUUCAGAGAUUGAGUGGCCAACCGUUUCAGUCGUUGAAACACUUGCCCAAAGACAAGAACUGGCUCAAUAACGAGAACAAUGGUCAGAAGAUCCUGGACCUCAUGGACACUCCAGAACUAUUUGGAGAAGACCGGGAAGAAGAAUUUCUGGCCGCCUUGUCGAAGCUGACCUACCAUCUAAAGAGGGCUCGAGACGAACCAUGCCGAGCCUUCUUCGCUAGGUGGGAUGAUGCAAUCCGUAAGAUCAAGGAGCACAACGUGGUGUUGCCCGAGAAGUACCUGGGCUUCCUGCUGAUCAACGCCUUGACUCUGUCGGAGGCUGAUAUCAAAGCCAUGCUGGCUUUCACACAGGGCGCAAUCGAUGUCAAAGAUGUGAAGAGCUGGUGCAGAAAACAUGAAAUGAAGUUGUUGGCAAAGGAGGUCGGAGCUGAGAAAUCCCGAUCCGGUGGUGCCAAGACCAAUUCUGUUUAUAGCAUGGGUCAGGACGACGAGGACUACGACGAUGACGAGUUGUUGGCCAUGGAGGAGCUGUACCGGGAACUAUAUCCGGGAGAAGAUGGACAAUCCGAGAUUGCCGAGAGCGACCUUUUUGAGGAUGGAGAGUUGAUGGAGGAGCACGAGGCCAAGGAGCUGCUGAGCACGAUGAUAGCUCACAAGAAGAAGACCUUCAUGCAGAGCUUGAAGACGAAGAAGGCGAAAGCCCUUGCUCGGGGCUAUGGACAAUGGAGAGACAAAGGCUCCGGAGGCCGUGGCAAUGGAGGCGGUUUGUCAACCGCUGGAUAUGUGAAAGGGGGCUACUACAGGAUGUCCCUGAGUGAGGCAAAGGCGAAAUCCAGAUGUGCUAAGUGCAAUCAGGUGGGGCACUGGCACCGUGACCCUGAAUGCCCCAAGAAUCAGGGAACAUCCAACAACAAUAAGCCCAAGGAUGUAAACUACAUCGAGAAGAAACCGAUCUCGGACUCCGAAGAGGGUCUCUUUUGCGGUCUUCUUGAAGAUCCUGGACGAGCUCUACGACUUGAUCAAUCAGUACUGAGUGAAACUCUGAAGGUAGCCACUGGGAGCCUCUUGCGUCCGGCAGUCUUUGACAACAAGGAGAGUUUGAACUUCUCAGGACAACUACCGUAUUCGAGCGAGAUUCCGGCUCGAGACCUUCCGCUGCCCACUUCGUACCGACCUCGGACGUUGGUCAUGGAGUCCAGAGGUGUGACCAAACGGCCACGUCAGGCGGCGGACGAGGCGGUGGAGCCCCUAGCCGCCUGGCGCAGAAUGGUGUUGAAGAUCCUCAUGGUGAUGGUGAAUGUGACGGAGAUGACUAUGAGGCUGUUGAUGCCCCUCAAGGAGAACCGACAGAAGCCAUUUUCGGCUUGGCCCACAACGGCCUACCCAACCCGGAAGACUCCGGAUGUCGAGAGCCUUGGCAGCUUUCACCUGAUCGCGGAGGAGGACGACGCCAACGACGAAGUCCGGUCCGCCAUUUCCCAGAGGUACAGCUCGGUGACACCGACCUCACCGGCGCCAAGCUACACCGAGUCUCAGAUGGCCGACAUGAGGUCGACUCUCAACGACCUGGACUUGGAGUUGAUGGGGCGGCCGCCAUACUGCCAUCAUCAGGAGGAAGCUCGCCUAUGGAUGACACGCAAGUUGGGCCCCAACUACGGCAGACCCUCUGAUGAACAUCGGGACUCCAUCAUUGCCGGCGACUCCAUCAAUGCCGGCGACAUCACCACUGCCGAGGGGAACCAGGUCUUCACCAUCAACGCCCGGAGCUACCUCUACGGCAAGUCCGAGGACAACUAUGAGCAGGAGAAGUGCAAGGACUGCGGCAAGGUCUUGAAAAAGGGACCACGCGAUGCGGUGUCAGAGAGCAGCAGCUCGCAGACCAAGAGUUCCAAGAUGACCAAGAAGGAGAAGGACGAAUACAAGGAGUUCCAGGAAUUCCAGGAGUUCCGGAAGUGGCAGAAGGAAAAACAGAAACGGGAUUCGGAAUCCGAGAACUAG